GCCUUCCUCUCCUUUCUCCCGAUCAAUGCAUAUUUGCAAAAGGAUUAAGCCACAGAUUUAAGCGCCGGGAGCCCAUUUCUGCUUUGCAAAGGAGACCGGACUGAAAAACCAAAAGCCAGCUCUGAUUUCUUUUCGUCAAGUGGGAAGGUGGUUUAUUUUUCUUGCUUUUUUGGAGUCAACACCCUUCCCCACCAGCCCUUAUCCCCACCCUCACCCCGCAACCCCUUCACGCCCCCCUCCCCCUCCCCACUCCCCAUCCUCCUACCAUCCUCUAAAGAGGCAAAGGGAUUUUUUUUUCUUUUGGUCUUCUUUUUUCCCCCCUUCCCUGUUUAUCCUGAAAAGGAUUUGAAGACAGCUUGAAGGAUAAAAAGCCUUGGUGCUUCCCAGGAGCCGAGCCGAGGAGCAGAAGAGGAAGAGCCGGGGGCUGCCGUUGCCUUUGGAGAUGGACGAGCAGCCCAGGCUGAUGCAUUCCCAUGCUGGGGUCGGGAUGGCCGGACACCCCGGCCUGUCCCAGCACUUGCAGGAUGGGGCCGCAGGGACCGAGGGGGAGGGCGGGAGGAAGCAGGACAUUGGAGACAUUUUACAGCAAAUUAUGACCAUCACAGACCAGAGUUUGGAUGAGGCGCAGGCCAGAAAACAUGCUUUAAACUGCCACAGAAUGAAGCCUGCCUUGUUUAAUGUGUUGUGUGAAAUCAAAGAAAAAACAGAGGGUGGCAGGAGAGGACCCCCGCCCCCCAGGGGAAAAACACUCUCGGGAGCCGACCUUCCUUUAUUGAACACCUAUCAGGAUGGGCUUGGACGCUCACAGUCACAGCGAUCAGAGUCUGGGUGUGAGGGUGCCGGCGGGCUGCCCCCGGGAGCCGGGCCCAGGGUCUGCUCCUGCACAGGAUCUGACCGCGUUUUCGUUUUGAGUAUCCGGGGCGCCCAGGAAGAGGAGCCAACAGACCCCCAGCUGAUGCGACUGGACAACAUGCUGUUAGCGGAAGGGGUGGCGGGGCCUGAGAAGGGCGGUGGCUCGGCUGCAGCGGCGGCGGCAGCGGCAGCUUCUGGAGGGGCGGGUUCAGACAACUCAGUGGAGCAUUCCGAUUACAGAGCCAAACUCUCACAGAUCAGACAAAUCUACCACACAGAACUGGAGAAAUACGAGCAGGCAUGCAACGAGUUCACCACCCACGUGAUGAAUCUCCUGCGAGAGCAAAGCCGGACCAGGCCCAUCUCCCCGAAGGAGAUCGAGCGGAUGGUCAGUAUCAUCCACCGCAAGUUCAGCUCCAUCCAGAUGCAGCUCAAGCAGAGCACGUGUGAGGCCGUCAUGAUCCUGCGUUCCCGGUUUCUGGAUGCGCGGCGGAAGAGACGGAAUUUCAACAAGCAAGCAACGGAAAUCCUGAAUGAAUAUUUCUAUUCCCAUCUCAGCAACCCUUACCCCAGUGAGGAAGCCAAAGAGGAGUUAGCCAAGAAGUGUGGCAUCACAGUGUCCCAGGUAUCAAACUGGUUUGGAAAUAAGCGAAUCCGGUACAAGAAGAACAUAGGUAAAUUUCAAGAGGAAGCCAAUAUUUAUGCUGCCAAAACGGCUGUCACUGCUACCAAUGUGUCAGCUCAUGGAAGCCAAGCUAACUCACCCUCAACUCCCAACUCAGCUGGUUCUUCCAGUUCUUUUAACAUGUCAAACUCUGGAGAUUUGUUCAUGAGCGUGCAGUCACUCAAUGGGGAUUCUUACCAAGGGGCCCAGGUUGGAGCCAACGUGCAAUCACAGGUGGAUACCCUUCGCCAUGUUAUCAGCCAGACAGGAGGAUACAGUGACGGACUCGCAGCCAGUCAGAUGUACAGUCCGCAGGGCAUCAGUGCUAAUGGAGGUUGGCAGGAUGCUACUACCCCUUCAUCAGUGACCUCCCCUACAGAAGGCCCUGGCAGUGUUCACUCUGAUACCUCCAACUGAUCUCCCAGCAAUCGCAUCCCGGCUGACCCUGUGCCCCAGUCAGGGCAGGGCCAGGAGGGAGGGUUUCUCUCCCAACGCUGAAUCGGUCAGACUGGAGGUCGAAGCAAUCAGCAAACACAAUAAGAGUCUCCUUCUCUUCUCUUCCUUGGGAUGCUAUUUCAGCCAAUCUGGACACUUCUUUAUACUCUCUUCCCUUUUUUUUCUGGGUAGAAGCCACCCUUCCCUGCCUCCAGCUGUCAGCCUGGUGUCCGUCAUCUUCCCUGCCCCUUUCCCUCUGUCCUAGACUCCCUGGGUCCCUGCCCUCUAUCACAUCGCUGAAGCAUAUUUUCAACAAUUAGAGGAAUUUAAAGGGGGAAAAAUAUACAAAGAAAAUAAUAAAAGUGUUUGUAUGUUUUCUUGCUGGUGGUUUGAGGAGCCAAAUUUACCUCACUCGGAUCCCUCGCUCCCUUUGGUAACAGGCAAUCCUUCUCUGUUUCUCUUGUUACUCUCACUACCUCUUAGUAGGAAUACGCCACAUUGCCCUACUCAUUCCAGGCCUCCCUGCCUCCUCUUGCUCUGCCUUCCCUGGGGACAAUCCUGAUUAGAACACUUUCCUCCUCUUCCUUCCCAGCCCCAGGUAUUCAUUGGGGACGGCCAUAGCUGGGCUUCUAAAGGUGCCACAUUCUCUGGUUUCAGCUCCGCUAGGUUGAUUCCCAGGCAGGAAGUCAGGGAGCAGGAGAGGGCACAAGGAACAAGAAGGGCAGCAUUCUUAGAGGCUUUCUCAUCUUCCUAUAAUAGCUCUUGGUUUCAGAGGCACAGUCUUUGGAGACCAUGAGACACUUAGUAAGCAAUGUUCAGAACCUACUGCAAAACCAGGUCUGAGUUAGGCAUGGUGAUGAACGCAUCACUAAGGAGUAGAAGGUUUUUAUCCUGAAACCCUUCAACUACCCCUUCACACACACACACACACACACACACACACACACUUGCACAUGUAGGCAAUGCAUAGUCUCACACAUUCACUUUCUCAAGGUCAGUCACAUACCAUAUACAAAUACCCACAUUAGUACCCAUAGCAUUAUGCCUCAUGAGCCCAAGAGAGGGAAUUAGCAACUCUGAGUGAAGGUCACUGACACAGAGAAACAAUAUGUGCCUGGUGCUUCCAGGACCUGCAGGCCCGCCAGCAUGCAUGCCCGACAACAACAUACACAGGACUGGAUCAUGAUGAAGGCCAGGUUUGCAGUGUAAACUAUUCCUGUUCCUACCACCUCCGGAGCUCUCAGGGAGCCACUCACAGAACUUACAAUGUCUAUAAUGGAUUUGGUUCUGUUUUGUUUUUGUGUUUAUAUCAGGGACAUUGCAUUAGUUAUCCAAAGUGUUAUAUGGCGCCACAUUCUUGUUCUAGAGGAGAGAGUUGUAUAAGAACAUGGCUCAAGCGAACUUUUUGCUAGCUUAAUUUGAAGACCCAAGAGUGAUGGGGAAAGGGGAGGUAAUGUUUUUAGUGAAAUCAUCAUAGUGACUUUUAUUUCCUAGGAAUAUCUAAGAAAGAAGAGUAUAUACUAGAAAGCUAUUCUCUAAUGUCACCUGAGCUUACAUUAUUCAUAGCAAACUGCGCCAGCAAUAAAGAUGGCAGCUCUGUCACUUGAUUAGGUGGAAGGUGGUCAAAUCUCCUGGUGCUCCAUUUUCUUUAUCUGUAAAAUGGGGGUUGUUAUGCCUGGCUCAUAUCCAAUCUGUAAAUGUGAAGUCAGGGGAAGUAGCGUCCCUGAGAUAAACUGGUUCUCGCCAUGUAGGAACAAUAAAUGGUUUUCCUGUUCUAA